AGUAUGACCGAUUGAAACCAUAAACAAGAAGUUCAAGAACACACAAAAAAAGUGAACUGGAAAGCGACUGUGUUUGCUCAACCUUAGCGAGUCCAUAUUAUUUUGGUGGGUAUACCCUUAUAAGGCUUAUGGCUAUAUCUUUGGCUGAACCAGGAUAUGAGAGAUCUAAGUCUAAACCUUUUUUUUUUAUGUUCUUCUUCUAAUCUUUCUUUACGCGAUACCGAUAAUAAAUUCCCGUGCCGUAGCUGGCCGUCCUACUCAUUAUAUUAAUAAUAAAAAUUACUAGACUCUUACUGUCUUACUCUUACUCAUAGUAACUUAGUAAGUUACUACAAGGGUAAAAUUACAUUUCGUGAAAUCAUUUUACAUAUUUUUAAUUACUAAUUAUUAUAGCUAUAUAUAUAGGUGAUAUAAUUAGGCUACGAGUAGGCCCUACUUGACUGAAAUUUAGGUAUAAGUUAAUAUUUAAUAUAAUAUAAGUUGAAGAGUAUAAGUAUAAGUGACAUAAGAUUUAAAUUUUGAACAUUUACUGAUCAGCAUAAAAGUUAGAUAAGUUAGAUACAUAUAUAUAUAUAUAUAUAUAUAUAUAUAUAUAUUAUAUAUAAUAUAUAUCUUUCUAUCUUUAUUAUUACUUUUAUUAUAUUAUACUUAUAGUCUUGGUAGUGAAGUUAUGAAUUUAUUUUUUAAGAUCAUUUUUGUGGGGUUGGGGUGUGAAUUUUGUUAAGCCCCUAUUUUAGUUUAAGUUUAGGCUUAGUAUUUAAUAAUGAAAACUUGUGACAAAAUUUCCUUCUGCCUUAUUUUGAAAAAAGCAUUUUUAUUUUUAAAAAUAAUGGUACCAAAUUUUCAGGAGACGUUCUCAAUCAUUCAAUACAAGAUAUUAUUAUUUUUCGUGCUUCGCAUAUAAAGAUGAGCAAGGCUUUGACUUGAGUAGUUAGCUGUAUUUUUUUUAAAAUGAGUGAGAGUUGCUCAAUUAGUCAGCCUCAUUCCAAUGGCAAGACAUAGUCAAGACGACUGGAAAUAAACCAGGAUUUAGUAGAUGACCAGCAGUGUUUCUUGUGUCUCACUUUCCUCUUCCACAUCACAGGAGUUGUCAGAAUUUUCAUUUUGACAAUAUCAUGCCCCCUCAUGGCUCCAUCUCCAGGUUUGAUUUCAGAGUUUGCCUUCUCUAAGAUGAGUCGUGAUCCAAGGUUAACGAGUCUCAUUCACCUGGGGUACUGGUGUUGCUUUUUCUUGUCUAGGCUUUUGCUGGGGAUUGAACUCCAGUCCUCUAGCUUUGGAUUGACUCAGGACUUUCCACCCAGCACCCAGUGCCUUAUAGAAUGUUUAAUAUUAAAUAAUUUUUAAUUAUACAUACAAUAUUUACUUUUAAAAGUUUCUGUUGGGCAAAACCAAAUUCGUUACAUUUAAGAGGUCCAUUGGGUACAUGUGUUGGUUACCCACCCGUGCCUAUAUUGUCUUUGCCUCCCUACUCUUUGUCCUACCAUCACCGCUUUUUCUUGUAAGCUGGGCCCUGCUUCUUUCUUAUCCACCUCUGACUUCCAAUAAAUGCAUGAAGCCUUUCGCACAGCAUGAACACAGCCAGAGUCUCAGAAAAAUUACCUUAGAGCAAAAUAAUCAAACAAUUGCCUGCUCCUUAUCCCUGUUUAUUUAUUUGAUCUUGAAAUUUUUGUUUACGUAUCCUUGAUGCAGUGUUUUAAAUAUUUUCAGAUUUUAGAAAGGAAAACUGAUAAUGAAGAUGUUGGUGUUGGUAAUACUUUUUCAAGCUUUCAUUAUACAAACAUUGACAGGUAAUUAUAAACACUAUAGGUCAGUGUUCCAUGAACUUUUCAGCAUACUUGGGCUUUCCAUGUAAUCUGCAGCAUACCACAGCAAAAAAUAUUAAAAAUAUUGAAUUCAGAGUACACAUAAAGGAUUGCUGUUUGUCCCAAAUGUUGUACCAAUAAACAUGUAGGCAACAAAUAAUGGUCUCUUUUAUCUCCACAUGUUUAAAUCACGUUCACACACCAUAAAUAAGUUCUUUGCUCUGCCUCCUUUUGGAGCCAACAGUGCCUUUAUAUUAACAAAAACAAUUCUAGUCCGUUUUAAAUACCAUCGUCUACUCGUUUCAGCAACAUCAGUUCCACUGUGGAAGACACAAUUGAUUCACCAUAAUUUAUGGAAAGGAGAUAUUGGCAAUGGUCAUUGGAAGUAUCCUAGCAUGUUAGAAGUCCAUUCUGUUCAAGUGGAAGAAUAUGGUUCUGCUCUCGUUACAUUUUCAGCUCAUGAUAUCAACUUGGACAUGUGUGGUAAGAAAUACUCAAACUCUCAGCUAUUUUUUUAAAAAUUAGACCUUUGAAGUGUGGUUGGCCGGUGUAACAUUCAAGUAACAAUGUCACAAAAGAACUCAUGCCAGGGUACACUUGGAAGUGUGGUUGGCGGGCGUAACAUUCAAGCAACAACGUCACAAAAGAGCUCACUCCAGGGUACAGAUUACUACUUGGAUGAAUGGUUGAUGGGUGCAACGCUCGUCAUCCCCUAACUUGACCCCCUCAACCUCUCCCCCAGGCACACUUGUCAUCACCCCUUACUUCACCCUAGUGUACUCACCAGGCACAUUUGUCAUAACCCCAUACUUCACCCUAGUGUACUCACCAGGCACAUUUGUCAUCACCCCUUUCUUCACCCUAGUGUACUCACCAGGCACAUUUGUCAUCACCCCUUACUUCACCCUAGUGUACUCACCAGGCACAUUUGUCAUCACCCCUUACUUCACCAUAGUGUACUCACCAGGCACAUUUGUCAUCACCCCUUACUUCACCCUAGUGUACUCACCAGGCACAUUUGUCAUCACCCCUUACUUCACCCUAGUGUACUCACCAGGCACACUUGUCAUCACCCUUUACUUCACCCUAGUGUACUCACCAGGCACAUUUGUCAUCACCCCUUACUUCACCCUAGUGUACUCACCAGGCACAUUUGUCAUCACCCCUUACUUCACCCUAGUGUACUCAACAUUUACCUUUUCCCUCCUCACCCUCUCUCACCUUGACCUAUAACCAAACCACUCACCCCUGCAUUUCCUCCUACACUGUUCAUAUUUCCCUUACCCACUGUUCUACCAUCACCACCUUCUUUUCUUAAACUGGACCAUGUUCCUGGACCAUGUUCCUAAUAUCCAAUAAAUCCAUGAAGCCUGGGAAGUAGCUAGAACAGAGCCAGAGCUCCAGAAUUCUUACAUGAAGUAGAAUGUGCCAAAAAAUGAUCUAUUUGUUUAUCUACUUGAAAGUAAAACAAACGAUGAACUAUCAAAGCAAUUUUUCUUCAAAUACUGUAACAUUUUUGGACUCAUCCGUUUCCUCUCUUUGUUUUCUAGGUAAGUCAUCCAACAAUAAGACAGUGAUUUUUUAUGAAGAUUCUACGUGGGAUAAGUCCUCACACUUUGAGGGCCAAACAAACUUGAAAAUCAGUGGGGAAUUUCUCAAGGAUGGCAUCAACUAUUACUUCUCUGGAAAUGUCAGCUCAGAUGAGGAUCAGACAUACGCCGUUGUUUGGUUAUCACCUGCAGGUAAAAUUACAGACUCCAUUACAGUUUCCUAGAUUUUGAUUGAAAUUAACUAGUAAACAUAAACAAGUAAAUUAAUGAUAAUUAUAAUUUAUUUUCAUUUUCUUCUUUGAUAAUUUAUGAGUCAAUUUAUUGACAUAAGAAUGUGCUGACUCAAGGAAAACUAUUUGAACAAUUUUAAUAAAAGCUAAUAUAAUUAGUGUGAAUAUUUUCAUCCAAAGGUUUGGAAAUUUUCUCUAAAUUUACAUGGGAAUGAAAAAUUUAUGUACUUAAGACUUUUUGUAUGCAUUACAUUUUUAAUUUAGAUAACAUUAAAAUGAAAAGCUUAAGAAAAACAGGUUGAAAAUUAUGGGAAAAUUCCAUCAUAGUCACAAGAUAAAUUUGAAAGCAAGAGAAUCUUUCAUAAAUUUUUAAUCGAAUCAGGUUACCCAGUAGAAAUCAUCAAAGAAACUAACACACAUCUGAGGUAUGGGCUGGCCAUUGGCAUACCUGUAGGACUUGGUGUUGUUCUCAUAGUGUCAGCUGCUUUGAUAAUGUGGUGGGCUGUAAAGAAAGGUUUGUCCUUAGUUUGAUUCUUAACUUUUCUUUUAACUUUUCUUUUAAUGAUCUCCAAUAUUUUAAAACAAGUUCUUUAAGUACGGAAUCAGUUUUUUCCACCAACAAAAUAAAGAAUUGCAAUUAUCAUCAAUGAAUAUUCUUAAAAUUUUAUAAUUCUUUGUGAGUUUAAUGUUAUUGCAAUAAUGUGUUUCCUCAAUUUUAUUUUUGUAUUACACAUAUUUGGGACAUUUAUGGAAAUACUUAAUAUAUAUAUCACAAAUUUAUAUUUUAAUAUAAUCAUACACAAAGGAGUUAAAUGGCUUCUUUAAAUUUACCUGUAAAGAACGCAGUAAUGUUUCAUUAUUAUUAUUAUGCUAUUUUCGAUACGACAAAUGGAUAGACUAAUAUUAUCUGUUCUAAUGUUAUUUGUGCAGGUUACGUACGCCACAUUCCAAUGGCUUACAAGAGCUUCACUAACCCAAAGCGAUCAGCAGCAGUAUACAAGCUUGAAACAGAUCAUGGUGAUGGGCAGACACCUUCAGUGCAUAUAUAAGUGAUGAAUUGCAGUUGAUGAUUGAAGGGGAGGUACAAACAACAAAGUAGAGUUUGAGAGCAUUCUUUAUUUCUUAUCUCUUCUGCAAAUUAAUUACCAUUAAUCUAGAGGACCCUAAUGUAUUCUGGAAUUCUUGUAAGUUUACUUACAUAUAUUCAAUUGUUAAUAUUUUUCCUAAGUUUAACUGGUCAGGACAUUACAGCGAAGAGGUAGCGUUAACUUAUUAUUUGGUUUGAUUGGCUCGUCUCUUUUUUAAAAAAAAUUGUAAGCUUAUAAGGUUAGUGAAAUAAUGAAAUUAAAAACUAGUAUUCGUCAGCUACUGUAAAGAAACUACUUAUUGCUAUCACAGUACAUCCAAAUUAAAGGCUCAAAUAACAUUUCGACGCACCCUAAGAUCUUUUGAUGUUUUUUUCGUCACAGUUUUUGGAAUUGUUUGCCAAAUUUAAUCAUAGGCUGAAUAAAACAAAAAAUAUUUAAUAGAGUCUCAUUAAAAUUUUUAUGUAGAUCUGUAAAAAUGUUUUAUACUAGAAAUUGAACAUGUUGUCUUUUUUCUUUUCAAUAAAAUAUGUUAUAAUUGCAACAAUUCAGUCAAAUCUUCAAACUCACGGUUAAAUUAUCAUUAGAAUGAAAUUAUAGACACUAUGGAUGUCACUUUUAAAUAUCUUUAAGACAUUCCUUUUAUAUCCAAUCAAUUAUCUUAUAUAUUGUCAUCUGUUUUAUCAGCACACUGACUUAUACGUUCUAUUAAGUGCACUUUUUAUCACCUUAAUGAUGUCAAUUCUCUGUGCACUUUAUAACCUGAAUACAUUUCUUAGCUCUUUUUGUAUAAUUUAACUGGCUACAUUUCUCAUCCACUAUGUUUGACGUGUUGUAAAUAUCGAUGUACAGUUUUAAUGUAGAUGCAUCCAAUAAUGCUCUCUUAUGAUGACCAAGUGACUUCUUUUAACAUUUAGUUUUUUUACUUCUGUGUUUUUAAGAAAACAAUUAUUUGUGAUUGAAGACUUAAUUACCUCAUGUGAAUUGGUUUGUCAAUCCACAUGUAUGCUAUGUACUUUGUAUUUUCUCUAUGUUGUAGAGCCCAUUGCAUUACUUGAAUUAGAAUUUUUUUAAGAUAUUGAGUUGCUUAGUAUUUAUUUAGAUGUUAAAAAUAUUAUUGGGUGAUUUUGAAAUUAUUUAACUUAUGAUUUUCAUGUUGUUUACAAUUUGUUGUGUUUCUUUCUCAAAGACUUCUGCUAACAAACAUUCCAGAGUUAUGUGCCACUGUACUCUAUUUGAGGUUUAUUUACAAGUCAAUUAGAAAAUACACCCGGAAAAUUACCAUAUGUGAAAUGGAUAACUAUUUUAAUUUCAACCGUAAGCCUAAUUAAUAUAUUUUCAAAAUAUAUAGUGAGUAUUCUUGAAAAUGAAGCAACAUUUGUAUCGCAACUAAUAUUAAAUUGUAAAUAAAUUUGUUCCUGUAAUGAAAAAAAAAAUAUUUCAAGUUGUUUAAUUAUAAAAUUCUUGGGAAAAAGAAAUAAUAAAUGAGUGCAAACCAUGCAUUCUUUUGAUUUCUGUCUUAUCAUAGUAUUUUUAAUGCCACUAUUGGGAUUACUUGGAAGUAGCCAAACUUUUUUUUUUUUUUUUUAAUUUUUAUUUUUUUUCCCCCCCCUUACAUUUGCUAAAAACAGAGGAUAAAAAAGAAUUUUUUUUCACCUGUUCCUUUUUUAUUGCAUUAAUUACUUUCUAAAUUGAGCACAAAGAAACAAUUUUUUUUAACUUCCACAGUUAUUUAUGGAUUUAAUAAUGUAUUACUGGUAUCUUAAAACAGGGAAAUACUAAAAUAUAAACAGGUUAGCAUAUGUGAUCUGUGAGCUAAUUAAUUAAAUGCUUUUUAUACAUGUUUUUUUGUACUUAAAUUACCUAAACAGUUACAAUUGUAUAAUUGGUCAGCGUAUUUAUGAUUCAAAUCAUCAUUAAGAAUAACUAAACAUUUGAAGUAUUUAUCAGCACAUGAAGUGGUCAUUUUGACUUAUUACAAACAAGGCACUUUUUUUCAUAUUUAAGACCAAACCCCACAUUUAAUUUUUCAUACUAAGUAUAAAAUCAAAUAACUUUUUACGCACAGAAGAAAUUAUAUUUUAAUUAUUCUGCCUAAUUAAUAAUGUUUCCCUGAUAAAAUCAAAGUUCAACUUUUCAUUAUCAAUCUGGAAGAUGCUCAGCUGUAAUGAAGACUGGAUCUAUGCAACAACUUUUAAGUUGUGAAAUUUUGUUUAAGUAAUUUUUUUGAUAUUUUCUGCAUGAUGUUUAAUAAUAUGCAGCAAAUUUUGAUAAUUUUAAAAUUUUACUUUGAUGUAGAGUAUAGUGGUGAGAAUUACAAGGCCCGUUUCCAUGUUGCUAGUGAUUUAGUCCAUAUCAUUUGUAUAGCCUUAGACACCUUCACAUGUGAAGGGCGGAUGGCAUCAUUUUUGGACAAAUAAUUGUUUCCAAGGCAUAAAAAUAAAGAGAGUGAAAAAAAAAACUUUGUGGUUUAAAUUAUUCUGAUUAUUAAAAAUAAUUUCCAUUUUAUUUCUAUACCUUUACAAUGCUAAACUUUAUAAGUAUAUCUGCAUAUAUUUUAAUACUGUUAUAAUUUUUUAAUGAA